AUGCUGACUAGAUUGAACAAGUCUUUGGAGUGGAAUGACAGUUUAUUGGAUCCUAGUUCCGAUUUAUAUCGAAAUUAUUCAGCUGAAAUUUGUAAUUUGCUUUUGGACAGCAUAUAUUCAACUUAUAUUGAGGGAAUAAUCAAUGUUAAUUGCACAGUUGUUGGCUUCUCGCGUGGAUCAGUUGUUGGAAAUGCAGUAUUAGUCAUCGACCAUAGUAGCACAAGUGGGAAUUUCUCAUCGACUGAAGUGACAAAAGACACUGUUCAAAAUGCUGUUGUGGCAUACAUAGCAGAAAUGGUUGCCAAUGGGUCGGAGCAAGUGUACUUCGAUACAUCAAGUGGCUUGACAGUAGAAACUGUAAUCCAUGUGGCAACCACUGAGGUGAUCACUGAAUCCAGAAUACCGAAGAUAACAAGACUACGGGUAACAGUCUCAUCAAUGCUGACUAGAUUGAACAAGUCUUUGGAGUGGAAUGACAGUUUAUUGGAUCCUAGUUCCGAUUUAUAUCGAAAUUAUUCAGCUGAAAUUUGUAAUUUGCUUUUGGACAGCAUAUAUUCAACUUAUAUUGAGGGAAUAAUCAAUGUUAAUUGCACAGUUGUUGGCUUCUCGCGUGGAUCAGUUGUUGGAAAUGCAGUAUUAGUCAUCGACCAUAGUAGCACAAGUGGGAAUUUCUCAUCGACUGAAGUGACAAAAGACACUGUUCGAAAUGCUGUUGUGGCAUACAUAGCAGAAAUGGUUGCCAAUGGGUCGGAGCAAGUGUACUUCGAUACAUCAAGUGGCUUGACAGUAGAAAAGACAACUGAAUUAAGCAAAACGACUUUCAGUACGAAAAAUAUACUAGAACUAUCAAUGACAGUGGAGGUUUUAAUAGGAAAUCAACAAACAAAUUGGAAUUCCGAACUGUCUAACAAAUUUUCUGAACUUUACAACAGUACUGCUGAAAACACCUGUGCUUCGAUAAAAGCCAGCCCUCGAUAUAUUACAUCAAUACAAUACACCGUACGUACUUGUACUGUUCUUCGUUUUUAUCCGGGUUCUGUGAAAUCUGAUGUACAGAUAAUUGUAGAAUACAUAAAUGACCUCAAUGUGACUCAAACACAAAUUCUGCAAGCAAUUCAGUUGGGUUCGCAAUUAUAUGUAAUAGAUCUGUUAAAAAAUCAGUCAAUCGAUUCCAAUCGUAUAAUAUCACUGAAGUUAAUUAUGCAAAAAGAAACUUGUAGUAGGAUCGCAUCAAAAUGUUCACCACAUGCUCAAUGCAUCGAAAGGUCUGACGGUGCCGUUUGUGUAUGUAAUCCAAUGUGGAUAGAUUUAAACAUGCAACAGCCCGGAGAACAGUGUAUAAUAAGUCCAACUGUAAUAGCGCUAAUUGUUAUUGGAACAAUCCUAAUCAUAAUAAUAUUUGCCGCAGGAAUAUACUUUGCUCUUCGUACAGGCAGAAAUGGUCAACGUUUUAUACAUUCAUUUGCUUAG